AUGCGAGGUUGUGGUCUCCAACGACGUGCUCGGACUCCCCACCUCCGUCUUCCACCUGCUGCACAACCGAGAAGCUGCAUCCUGGACCUUCUCCCACCUUCAGCUCAGUCGAAGGGCACGCCGAACAGUCACUGUCGCGCCAGCUCCAGGCGGACAGCCCUCCACGAUCGCGGCCCCGUGACCCAGAUCGGGCUCGGAUGGACCCAGAUCCGGCCCGCGACGCCACAUCCAGGGCCAGCCACGCCGGCACCUCCGCAGCCUCACGCCGCCUCCAGGAGAACAGCGUGGACCGACCCCUCGUGGCGCCUGCAGCUCCUCCUCCGUGGCCCAGGUCAGCCCGCGCCGCCGCCGAGAUCUCGCGCCGCCGCCGCAGGCUCCGACUCCUCCAGACCCCACGUCGCACGCGAGCCCUCUGCAGCACCCCCGGCCGAGCUCAGCCGCUCCAGCCUCUCUCGCUCGCCGUGCGCCGCCGCCCUCCCUCCACCUCCAUGCGCAGCCCCAGAUGACGCCACUCCUGCGCGCGCAGGAGGCCCAUCGGGGCGCAGCGCCCUCCUCGCCUGCCGCCUUUGA